GUCUUUCUCAGAUCUGACUAUAACGUUGCAACUCGGACAUGUUUACUGGUCUGAUUGAACACCUUGGAACAGUGUCUGCUAUCCACCGGGAUGAUGGCGGUUGUGCUUUAACCAUAUCACAGUCCGCACCUAUCUUGGUGGACUGUCAUAUCGGUGACUCCAUAGCUGUCAAUGGGGCCUGUUUGACAGUUGUCGAAUUCGAUGUCGAGCGUGAUGGAGGAUAUUUCAAAAUAUGGCUAGCCAACGAGACCCUCAGCAGGACUGAUCUGGGCGAUCGCAAGGUCGGUGAUCAGGUGAACCUUGAGCGUGCCAUGGGUGCGCAUGUUCGAUUCGGUGGUCACUUCGUGCAGGCUCAUGUUGAUGUAACUGCGACCAUUCUCAAGAGAGCUCUUGAUGGGGAUUCGUUACGUCUUUGGUUCCAACUUCCAGAACCAACCGCAGAAAGACCUUGCCUUCUUCCUUAUAUCAUCCCAAAGGGUUAUGUCACUAUAGACGGUGCUUCCCUGACCGUUACUUCUGUUGAUGAUGCCGAAAGGACGUUCGGUGUUAUGCUUAUCCAACAUACGCAGCAGAAGAUCACCUUGGCAAAAAAGGCCAACGGCGAGAGAGUGAACAUCGAGGUUGACAUGGUGGGAAAGUAUGUAGAAAAGAGCGUAUUGGCUGCUUUGGGGGGUGGUGGUGGAGAAGCCAUGCGAACCUUCGUCCAGAGAAUUGUGGAGGAAACGCUCGUCAACAAGGGAAUUCUACCUUCUGCAGUCUCCAAUGAUAUUCAGUAGUUAGACGAAGCCAGCAUGUGCGUUAUUUUUCGACUUACAAUAACUGCUAGUGUGGAAGCCAAAUGCUCGGCUAUAGCAAAUACAUCCGACAGUCAAUGUCCGAUAGACUACAGU